UUACGUGGAAGAUCAGAUAAUUCGAGCUGUAAAAUACUCACAACAUCCCUACUUCCAGAAGCACAAGAAAUUGAAAGUUUUAUUUGAACUGCUGGGAAGGAAGAAAGUGCCUCUGAUACGACGCUACAAGUUACUCACUAAAGAUGGCGUAGUGGGUGGUCCUUCAGGUAUGGCAGCUCCCGUUAAUUGGAGCCUUGAUAGAUGCAAGAAACUUGUCAAACUCUUGAUGAAGAAAGCAGAUAUUGAUGACUCAAGGGCAGAUGUUGUCACUGCCCUUGAGUCUAUUGAGCUGGAUUGUCGUGAUUGGAAAGAAAUCGCGAAGAAGCUAGGUGUCAACUGGUAUCACGUCUGCUUUUUUUGGAAGACUCAGCUCUCACAGUUGAUUUGUGCCAGUACGUGUAUAUCGAGGAACAAAUUGCGUAGUUUUCUGAUCAUAUGGUUUCUUUCUCACGGAGAAAUAGAAAGUUUUGAUGAAAUUUACUGGAUGAAUGUGGCUGUGGAUUUGUCUGCUCCUCCAUUUAUAUGUCAAAGUGUUUUCCUUAGCAUGGUAACUACUUACGUUCCCGAGAAACUGUGGAUCAAUUUUAGAGAUUGCGUUCAAUACCUCUACGACAAAUACUAUGAUCUAUUCUCAUCAAAUAAGUUGAAGGAUAGAUAUUUGAAUAGAAUGGAUAUUAAGAAUUUCUUAUAAUCAUUAGUCGAUGAAAUAUAUCACUAUAUACUGUAUCACCUACUUCAAAAGGUAUAAGAAUCCUAUUUGAUAUGACUGUAAAAUUAAUUUAUAUAUUGUGUAAUAUUAUCAAUAAAUCUGUGGGUUAUGGAAUUGUAUGUAAGUUAUUUUUUAUUAUGUUUAUCCUUGAGCUUGUAUAUGUAGAUAAAUUAAUUACCCACAAUCGAGAGAGAACUUUUUGAACUUUAAAUCGAGAGAAAAACUGUCCAAACUUUUUUUGUAAUUAUUGAAGGGAAUUACUUAUCCUUGUGCCAAACAUUAGAGAUCUUGCGAACUCACUGUCACUGUAUGCUAUUGUUAUAGUAGUUAUAUAUUAUUGUCAUGAAAAUAAACAUUGAAAAUCCAAGUAACCUU